UUUAUUAAGUUACGAGCCAAUAAUCUCCAAGAAAGAACGGCGUAAGGAAAUUCCAGUAAAAGAAGGUAUUUCUCAAAUUCCACAUUUCCUCCACCAUGACUGGACCAACCUCAAAUUAUUAAUUAACCCUCAAAUCUCAAAAUUACAUAAGUAUCAAUUUUUAAACAGACAUUUUCCCUUGGUUCGUCUCAUCAUCGAUCGAAGUGAUAUUCCAGAAAGAUACCUAUAGAAAAGCAAACACCAGAGCAUCACGCAAGGUUCUAGGGAGGAUUGAACCACCCCCCAAGAGUAUAAGUAGAGCCGACUAUCCCCACUGUCCAAUAGUCCUCGGCGACAGUCAUAACAGUGGACUCCAGUUGCUCAGUAGAAUCGCAUCACUGUGCAAAAGAAAAAGAAAGUGACGAAGAUAUCGGGAUCGCGAUGGGAAUAAUACACGUCACUACAAUGAUCUAUGAAUAGUGACGGUGAAUCUGUUUGUUACGUACGUUGAGUCGGACAGAGGCCAUUGGAGUCAUUGAAUACGUCACUUCCCGUUGGUGGGGCCGUGGUAGGAGGUACAGUGGGGAAGGACGGCAGGAGGCACGUGUCAUCCCCUUGACAGCGUUUACAUUCGCCAUCAAACCGUUAGGUAGUCUGUUACUCGCAAUUGCCAAAGCCUUGAAUUCGCUGUUGCGUUACGAUAUUCCCGUUUCCAUUGAAAAAAAACAUUGAAUGCUCAACGAAUCGGCAGAUUGGCUAAAGUAUCAGUGAAAUCUUUUAAACAUGCUUCGAAACGUUUUUGUAUAACUGAUUUUACUUGAGAAAGUUGUCUACUGAUAAUUUAACGAUGCUUAUAUACAUAUAUAUUUAUUUAAAGAAAAUGUUCAAGUACGGUUAAAAUAAUAAAUUCCGUUCUUUGCUUGUCUUAUUGGAAUAACGUGACUCGAAUAUCGUUCAAGGUUCCAUGUUAAAUCAAGUAGGACAAUAGAUCUGGAAGAUAGAAAAAAGCAAGGUGGGUGUAACGAACGAUGGCUUUUCGAUGAUAGAAAGUAAAGAAUGGCCGGCAGUGUCUGUGGAUGCACGGUCCUUACAGCAUUAUUGCAACAGCAGCAGCAACAGCAACAGCAACGUCGCGCAAGGAGACAAAACACAGUGAAUUCUGGUACUGCUGCGUUCAUCCACGUCAGAGAGAAUCUCGAGGAGCUGGGUAAAGUCGCUGAAGAUACGGACCUGCUCUUCCUCAAGGGAUUACUAGACAGCCCUGUGGUGACGUCGUUGGUCAAGGAUCGACUGGAAGAUCCUCCACUAUCGGUAGAGCCAGUGUGUCCAGUUUGUGACAUCGUCGACGAGAUUCUUCACGACUUCAAAUUAUCACGGAACGAAAACGCUCGUGAGCUUGUCAGUCUUCUUCGAGGUUCGCAUCUGAAGGCUCUUUUGGAAACGCACGACGCCGUCGCUACACGUCGGGACGCUUCACCGUCGCCUGAUCCAUUGUUCUUAACUAUGCCUACCGACGAGAGAGCCGACGCUGUCAGGGUGGUUGGUCUUAGGAGGAAUCCUGAUGAACCAUUGGGUCUGACAGUGCAGGUGGAUGAGUCCGGUAAUCUCAUUAUCGCCAGGAUCCUGGGUGGCAGUACAGCAGCUCGUCAAGGACUCUUACGAAUAGGCGAGGUGAUCAUGGAAGUGAAUGGACAGGAGGUGCAUACCCCUGAUGAAUUGCAACGGGCUAUACACAAUGCCAAGGAUAAUCUUUCCCUGAAACUUGGUCCAGGUAUAGCUGGGGAUGGUUCCAGACCUCUGAAAUCCACGUGCUACAUGAGGGCGCUCUUUGAUUAUGAUCCAUCCGAAGAUACUCUCUUACCAUGCCGUGAGAUAGGAUUACCAUUCCAAAAAGGCGACGUGCUCCUGAUCGUAGACCAGGCUGAUCCCAACUGGUGGCAGGCACGUAGAACCGAGGGCGAGAGCCUGGGGCCACCAGGAUUGGUUCCAUCCUUAGAAUUGGAGGAACGAAGAAAGGCAUUCGUGCCACCGGAAGCAGAUUUCGUUCACAAGAUCAGUAUAUGUGGUACGAGGAUCUCUAAGAAAAAGAAAAGAAAGAUGUAUGAGUCAAAAUCAAACGGGGAAUUCGACAGUGCUGAAUUACUCCUCUACGAGGAAGUAGCCAUAAUGCCACCCUUCAGACGCAAGACUCUGGCCCUUGUAGGACCUAGAGGAGUAGGUCGAAGGACUCUGAAGAACAGAUUGAUUAAUAGCGAUCCUGAGAAAUUUGGUACUAUUGUACCUUUCACUUCAAGGCCGCCAAGAGUUCUCGAGGAGGACGGCAAGAGUUACUGGUUCACGGAUCGUGAGUCGAUGGAAUGUGACAUAAGAGAACAUCGUUAUCUGGAACAUGGUGAACAUGGUGGACAUCUUUAUGGCACCAAAUUGGAUUCCGUACGUGAAUUAAUACGUUCUGGUAAAAUGUGCGUCCUCGACUGCAGUCCAGCAGCGCUCAAGAUUUUACACAAUAGCACAGAAUUUAUGCCGUACGUCAUCUUCAUCGCUGCGCCGGGUAUGGAGCAGCUCAAGUCUCUUUACGAUCUUGGGAGAUCAACUGGAGCCAGCAAUCGAAAUUUGACGUUUGACCGCCAGAGCUCCAUCAGGUACAGCUCCAGAAGAGCCAGAACAUUGGAGUCACUUGCAUCCCUGUACGAGGAAGACGACUUGAAAAAUACUCUGGAAGAAUCUGCCGCCUUGCAGAGAGCUUACGAGAAGUAUAUUGAUCAGGUAAUCGUUAACGAGGACUUUGACAACACCUUCAGACAAGUAGUAGCAGCCCUGGACGCCUUAGCAACCGAACACCAGUGGGUUCCAGUUAACUGGAUCUACUAAUUUCGUACAAAGCUUAGAAUAAAACACUUUGAUUAGACGAUCCCUUGUAAAUCACGACACUCUUAUGUUCAAUGAUGGUGUCGAAAAAAAACAGUCUUACACAGGCAACUUAUUUUAUAAUCAUUGUUGUUCUAGCAAGUACAAUUAUUUAGAAUUUAUGUUAGUUCGUUAGGUACGAUCGACCCGUGGAUAUUUGCACCAAGUACUCAUGUUGACCUGAAAGAAAUACGAAUGCCGUAAUUGAAUUUUUGCUAAAAAGUAAAAAGAAAAAUAUCACAUGGAAUAUGGAAAUCAUAGAUAGGCGACGAAUGCACGUGAACGUAUUGUUGGGUCAAUCGCCAAUUUUAGACCGCCGUCCAAUUACUUUUAAGACACGUAAUCUUUUUUUAAUUUUAAUCAUACAUUUUGAUUAGCGUUAUUCUUACGUUUUAUUAUUUCGAUUUAAUGCACUCUAUGUAUUCCUGGCACCCAGUGCCUUAACUACGUGUCCUUAUACUUAAGGACCAACACGUACGAAGACCUACGAGACAACAGACUCGAGAUUAUUGAAAUAUUUUAUACGAUUAUCGUAUAAAAAUCAACUUGUAAAUCUAUCGAAUAUGUUUAAGCAAACUGAACGUCGCGUAUCGAGUCGAUAACCUGGAUCGUCUCGAUUAACAAAAAGUGUAAAGGACAAAUAAAUUUUAUCAAAGAUUUGUUACUGACAUGAA